UUGUGCAAUGGACCUUGCGGCUGCUCUUCAGGUUCAAUUUAGGGUGGAGAAGAUGGGGGCAUACCGAAUGAAGUCCUGUCUGCAGAAUAAGGUGAUGUUCCUCGACGUGGCUGUGACUUUCUCCCCCGAGGAGUGGCCAUGCUUGGAUCCCUCUCAGAGGAAGCUCUACAGAGAUGUGAUGCUGGAGACCUAUGAGCACCUGCAAGCAGUAGGGCAUUGCGGGGUAAAGCCUGCGCUGAUCUCCUGGUUGGAAGAAGGAUCCCUGGAGAGGCUGAAGAGAGGCAUGUUUGUAGGCAAGAAGAGAAAAAUUUCUGAAGAAAACAGAGUGUUUAAUGAUACAUGGACUGAAUCAUUUGCAUUCUCUACUGACGAGAUUGGUUUACCAGUAUGCUUAAUAUGUGGUAAGAAACUUGCAAACAACAAAAAGUCGAAUGUUGCAAGACAUUUCCAGAGUAAACACAGAGCCUUUGCUGAACAAUAUCCAGAUGGAGAUGAGAGACGAAAAGCCGUUGCAGAACUUAUGAGGAAGGUUGAUAGGAACAAAAAUCAUUUUAGCAUAUGUGCUGCCAAAGCGAGCACAGAUAGGAACAAAACUAAUUUUUUGAAUCAGAUAAAGUCUGAAAAUUCCUCAACAUAUGCUAGUUUUGUGGCCGCUCAGGAAAUAAUCAAGCAUGGGAAGCCAUUCACAGAGGGAGAGUUUAUAAAAGAAGCAUUCAUUAAGGUUUCAGAACAUCUAUACAAGGACUUCAAAAACAAGAAUGAAAUUGUGCAGAAAAUUAAAGACAUGCCUCUUUCUGCUAAGACUGUCAAAAUGGCAGAAAACAUUAACAAACAGCAAAUUCAAGACAUCAGUUCAGCUGUGACAUACUCGAUUGCCUGUAAUGAGUCCAAAGAUAAAGGUGAUAUUGAACAAAUAGCACUGUUCUGCUGAUAUGUGAACUCUUUUGGGCCACAAGAAGAACUGAUUGAGCUGAUACCACUAAAAGACUAAACAAGGGGUGAGGAUAUUUGUAAGGCUGUCUUGGACUAUUUAAGUGCAAAAAAAUAAA